CAGAGAGAAGGACAAGGCGCAGCAUCCUCUCCAUCCUCCAUAGCACAACAACGACUCACAAAAGAGAGGAAACCAAAUCGCGAUUUCGAGGCUUGUUGUCAGGCCCAAUUACAUAAGCAGAAUGACUAAAGAGGAAACCUCCGAUGUGGAAGAGGCUCAGCCAAACUCUGAAUUCAUCAGCCCUGUUCAUGAGCCCCGCAAGAAGCCCAUGGUGCAUCCUGCUGCCCAGGCUCCACUGCCCAAGGACUAUGCGUUCACCUUCUUUGAUCCCAAUGAUCCGGCCUGCAUGGAGAUUCUGACAGACCCCCGGACAACAAUUCCAGAACUGUUUGCCAUUAUCCGUCAGUGGGUUCCACAAGUUCAGCAUAAGAUCGACAUCAUAGGCAAUGAGAUAUUAAAGCGAGGCUGCCACGUCAAUGACCGCGACGGCCUGACGGACAUGACUCUUCUCCACUACUGCUGCAAAGCUGGGGCUCACGGAGUCGGCGACCCUGAGGCAGCGCUGCGGCUGUCUAAUCAGCUGUUAGCUCAGGGAGCCGAUGUCAGUCUGCGCAGUCGCUGGACUAACAUGAACGCCCUCCAUUAUGCCGCUUACUUCGACGUGCCAGAACUGAUUCGCAUUUUGCUGAAAGCCUCCAAGCCUAAAGUGCUGAACUCCACCUGCAGUGACUUUUAUCAUGGCACAGCUCUGCACAUCGCCGCCUCCAACCUCUGCCUGGGUGCAGUCAAGUGUCUGCUGGAGCACGGAGCCAACCCUGCUGUCAGAAAUGAUAAAGGUCAAGACCCUGCUGAGGUUGUCCCAGACCCCAUGGACAUGAGUCUGGAUAAAGCUGAGGCCGCAAUGGUGGCUAAAGAGCUGAAACAGCUGCUGCUGGAUGCAGUUCCUCUCAGCUGUAAUCUCCCCCGCGCUACGCUGCCCAACUACGACAACAUCCCCGGAAACCUCAUGCUCUCCUCCCUCGGCCUCAAACUGGGGGACCGUGUGGUGCUGGACGAAACAAAGACUGGCACACUGCGUUUCUGUGGCACCACUGAGUUCGCUAGUGGCCAGUGGGUUGGUCUUGAGCUAGACGAGCCGGAGGGCAAGAAUGACGGGAGUGUGGGUGGGAUCCGCUAUUUUAUCUGCUCCGCAAAGCAAGGGAUCUUUGCUCCUGUAUCAAAAAUCAGCAAAGCUGUUGAACAGACCCCUUCUUCAGUCACCUCCACACCAAAAACUCCUCGCAUGGAUCUGUCCCGUGUAACCGGCAAGAUCAAGAAGGAGAAAAAAGAGAAAGAUCGCGAAAAGACUCCAAGAAAGAAGUCCCUGUCUGGGGUCAGUUUGGAUCCUGAUGGAGUGAAGGUUGAGGUUGGAGAUCAAGUGCUGGUGGCAGGACAAAAACAAGGGAUUGUCCGCUUUUUCGGAAAGACUGACUUUGCUCCUGGAUAUUGGUUUGGUGUUGAACUGGAGCAGCCCACCGGAAAGCAUGAUGGCAGUGUGUUUGGAGUACGCUACUUCCACUGUUUGCCCAAAUAUGGAGUUUUUGCACCACCAUCUCGUGUUCAGAGAAUUGGAGGGCCCAAAGAUCCCCAGGGAGACGGGACGCUAGUGAAGAAAGUCCACCAGGUGACUAUGUCUCAACCGAAGCGUAAUUUUAAUGCGGUACGAUCUCCGAAAGACAUAACAUCUGAAAGUUCCAUAUCCAGCAGGUUGCUGUUCUGUUGCUGGUUUCCCUGGAUGCUCCGUGCGGAAAUGCAGUCCUAAAGUCACCGGUCACAUCUUUAUUUCUCUCUCUUUUCCUGUUUCCGUUCCACCUAUCACCCGCGCUCUGUGUACUUCCAUUAAUCAUCUGUGCUGUCCCAUCCCUUUGACGGCAAUUCAAUAGCAAAAAAAUAGUGCCUUGACAAGUAACUAACGUCCUGCAUUCCGAUGAUCGAAUUAUAGAUGAACAAUCUUUUAUGAAAUCAAAAUAAGGGAAAGUCACCCCCACUAAAAGCCAUUCAUAUCUCUUUAUCUGCUUUUUUCCCUUCGCUAAAUAACAUUGGCAGUAUUAAAGCUUGGUAGUAUAGUCAUGAUACAUUAUAAUUUGUAAAGGUGCUUUUUUUGGUUAGGUUUUUAAACAUGCUGCUGUAUUAUGCACCUUUAUUGUCUUACUUUUCAGUAUUUUAUUGCAUAAAAUCUUACAUUUUAAUGCCUUUAAAUGGGUUACAGUAGUAGGUGACAUCUUGUUUGUGAACAACCUCAACUUGUCUGAAAAUAUUGAUGCUGCCAGUGUGAAAAAAUAACAGGGUUUUCACCAUUUAAGCCCGAUGCUUUCACCAUCUAGUGAAACUUUUAAGUGUGUAGAUUCAAAUAUAAAAUAUGUUGCAUGAAAUAAGCAGGCAUGGGCACGUUUUGGGGUCAUAAAACUGCUCUGAAAUGAGGCGAGAGGCCUGCUUUAAAUAUUAAAUGCUACUAUAUCACUUUUCGUUCACUUAAAAUCUACCACAAAACCAAAGCGCAAGCUCCAUGAUCCAUGAAGAUUUUUGUUCCAAAAUAAUGUACACCAUACAUCAAUAAUCAGUGCUGGGUAGAUUACUUAUGAAUUGUAGUCUGUUAUUAAUUACAAUUGUAGUCAGUAAAAUAAUAUAGAUUACUUAUUUUAAGUAAUGUAUUCUAAGUACUUUUGGAUUACUAUUCAGUACCAAAUUUGACCAUCAUUACAUGACUAUCCUGUAUUAUUAUUAUUAU